AUGGCCUUCUGGGUGGACUGGCAAUUAUGGGAGAAGCUCAGCAUGGUACUGGCAAUACUGAUUGCCCUAGUACUGGUUUAUGCCUUCGGCGUGUUAGCCUACAACCGGUGGAUCAUCCGCAAGCACGCAGCAGCAGAGGCACAAGCGAGAGAGGAAGAGGCCGAGCUGUAUCCAAUGCUGCACAGCGAUGGCAUACUCUUUGGUGCUCGGGCGUUGGAGAGUGGGAUCGCAAUCGAAGGAAUCUGGGUGUCGAAUCCCAAUACACCGGUGCAGAGUCCGUGCCAGCCUGGAACCCCAGUUGGAAGCCGGCCGGUCAGCCCAGCACUGAAAAUACUACCCAAAGCAUCCGAGACCCCCAAAUCCUCAUUGGGAUCCGGGUGUGCUCUGAUAAGCCCGACACCCGUGGCUCCGGCUGGUCGACGUGCAGUCCUCUCACAGCUAGACUUAGCUUCUGCCAGCUUUGUUUAUGAGACCAAGCAACACGCACUUUCAAGCCGCGCGAGCUUGCCGAUCAACCCCAAUGCCUUCUGCUUGUCACCGGCACAAGAGGAGAAACUGGUCAGCGGACAAGGCAUAACGCGCAGCCAGAGGCGUGCCAGUUUCCAUACCCGGCUUUUUAGCUCAAGCCGCCAUUUUGAGGCGAAAGAUCUCAGCAUGGGCUCUGAUGGUACUGAUGUGACGCACCAUGCCCCAACAGAGAAUAAGCGGGCAUCUCGGUUUACCAAAACCCUUCGUCGGCGAUCAUCAGAAGAGUUCCGACGCAAGAUGAGCCGCAUCUUCAAUGAAAAUAUCCAGUUGGGCGUGCCGGCCGAACAACUUGAGUUCAACCCAGCUCUGCGAGAAUACCAGAAGCGGGAUUUUCGCAAGUCACUGCUUCGUCCUUUCCGUCCGUGGAUGAACUCUGCUGAAAACGAAGCGCAGUGA